CUGGGAUUUUUCUCCCAUCAAAUCGAAAAGAGAAUCAUCAUCAGAUUUUGAAGCAACGAAUUGAUUCGAAAACUUUGUACGUGUGUGUGUGUGAGUGAGUGUGAAAAAGAAAGAGAGAGUGAAAAUGAAUGUAGAAGAAGGUUUCAAUUAUCUUUAUGUAACAUUACCGGCACCGAUAUCAGGUUCAAAUCUUGAAAUGAUCAACAUAUUAACACCAAUAUUAAAUGUUGAUGAUGAUAAUGGUAAUGGUAAAAAUCAUUCGAAUCAAAAUUCAGAUAAUAUCAAUAAUAAUGGAAUUGUUAUUAACAAUCAUCGUUUAUCAUCAAAUAAUAAUAAUAUUGUACAUAAUGAUCAAAAUCAUCAUUCGAUUACCUUUGAAACAAUCGAUAUAAAAACAGAAAAUGAAAUUCUAGCCAUAAACAAUAACAUUGAUAAUAAUAGCCAAACAUCACCAACAUCAGUGAUUACCGUUGAUCCGGAUAUUGAUCUUAAACGUUAUGAACGUUUACAAAAAGAUAUUGAACGAAAAAAAAGAGCACGUUUACGUGAAACUGAAAAUCAACGUUUACAACGACUACAAAAAGAUCGUGAACGUAAAAAACGUUCACGUCAAAAUGAAACCUAUGAACAACGUCAACGACGAUUGGAAAAAGAUCGUAUACGAAUACAACAACGUCGUGCAUUGGAAAGUGAUGAAGAACGUCGACGACGAUUAGAAAAGAAUCGUUUGAGUAAACGUAAUGCUCGUAUCAAAGAAAAUCCACGAUACCCAAUUACCUAAUGGCUAAACACAAAUUCAAAUUCAUUAAACACCAUGUAAAUAUUAUAAAAAACCAAAUACGAAUAAAUCAAUUGAUCGAUUUAUUCGUAUUAU